AUGGCUUCCCAAACUGCGCAGAUAGCCGACGAGCGUCCUGAGGAUGUCCCUGCCGUGCUCGAGGCAGAGGAUGAUGCUGCGGACAGUGAUUCGACUCUAGAGCUCGGAGAGGGCACGUCUAGCUACCUUACAUCCCUCAAAUCGAGCAUCUUUAGUUAUAGAUACGAGAAUGGCCGUCGGUACCAUGCCUUCCAUGAAGGCACCUAUCUAGUGCCAAAUGAUGACGAGGAACAAAAUCGAAUGGACCUGGUUCAUCACAUUUACAGCCUUCUUACACAGGGAAGGCUCUAUACUGCACCCAUUCCCGACAGCCCGCGACGGGUCCUCGAUUUAGGCACAGGUACUGGCAUUUGGGCUAUCGAUUUCGCAGAUGAGCACCCCUCAGCAGAAGUCAUUGGAACAGACCUCAGUCCUAUUCAACCUGAAUGGACCCCUACCAACUGUGUAUUCGAAGUGGACGACUUUGAAGACCCAUGGGUCUACAAGAAGCCAUUUGACUAUAUCCAUGCCCGCGAGCUGGAAGGUUGCAUCGCCAACGAGGAGCAGUUUUUCCAACGCACAUUCGAAAACUUGAGCAGUGGUGGGUAUCUAGAGAUGAAGGCCCAGCGCGGAUUCUUCAUGUCAGAUGACGACUCGAUCAAGAAGGCUGUCAACGCCGAGGUCUGGGCCGAGGCUAUGCGUGAUAGCAGCAAUAAGUUUGGCAAGCCGAUUGACAGUGUGCCAGGGUGGAAGGAAAAGAUGAUCAAUGCCGGCUUUGUCGACGUGCAUCAAGAGAUUCGCAAGAUUCCUAUCGGUGCAUGGCCCAAGGACCCAGUGCUGAAAGAGGUCGGGAAGUGCCAGGUCGUUCAGUCCUGUGCUGCCAUUGACUCGUAUACACCUAUGCUUCUUGGCAAGGUUAUGGGAUGGGGUCAGGAGGAAGUGCAGGUUCUCAUGGCAAAGGCCAAGAAGGAGCUUCGUGAUCCGUCAACUCAUCUCUAUCUCCCUGUCUACUUUAUCUGGGGCAGAAAGCCUUGA